CCAACGUGCGCCGUAAAACGUGAGCCCGAAAUAAUUACCUGGCGAGUGGCGAGCCCACUCACACGCUCAAGUGCGGCUCAGACGCCGCGCCGCGACCGCGCUCACUCGCGCGGUUCAGGGCGGGCGGAAGCUGCGACGCAUCCCGCCCUGGCUGCAGUCACCCCGCCGGCACGCCGCGGCACCCCGCCCCGCUCCGCCGCCCGCACCGCCGCACCCCGCCGGCACUCCGCCGCCGCCGCCGUCCCGCGCGCCGCCACCCCGCCGCGCUGCGCGCAAAGCGCGUGCGCUCGCCGGCCGGCAACUCAGUUCAUCGCCGCGACGCGCGACGGGCACACGUGCGUUUCACAUGACAAAGCGCGGCGUUUGAAACGAUCGAACGCACCCACCAAUUUUUUUAUUACUAGUGACAGAGAGGGAGACCUCUCUUUAGCCGACAAAAUUGCUUCCCAAGUGGAAAUGCCGACGAGCCUGUUCGGUGAUCUCGGAGGCGGCGGUGGCGGACUGGUGGAAGACCAGCGCGCGUUCCAACUCGCGCUGGAGCUGAGCAUGCUGAGCCUCGGGGAGAGCCUGCCGGCGACCAACCCGCUGGCGAGCCCGCUGGGAUUCGCGCCGCCACCGGACGACCGCGCCAAGAAAUCGCAGAACAUGACCGAGUGUGUGCCGGUGCCCUCCUCGGAGCACGUCGCAGAGAUCGUCGGACGACAAGGUACGCCCAGCGUCAGCCCCGAGCCGGCAGGCGGUCCGCCGCGCCUCGCACUGUGUCGCCGUCUAGAGGUUAUGCGGUGUCGUCGCUCGGGCGAGCGGCGCCACCCUUAUGUAAGGGCGCACGUGCCGCGGCUCCUUGGUUUUAGGUUAUGUUCGAUCAGAGCAAAUCCCAGCGGUGUCUGCUCGCUCGCCGCUGUCGGUCUCUAG